AAUCGCCACUUAUGUAUAUUUAUAUUAAGUCGUAAACCCGUUCAAUUUAGAUACCAUGGCCGUGGCCAAGGUUCCCCGCCUUAAGACAAAGCAGUUCCCCCGCCGGCAAGUCGGCGGGUAUCAAGCGCCGCUGGGCUUUAUCUUUAUGGCCUAUAUAGUAUGGCGGAAGGCUUCGAGUCGAUAUGCUCGGGGGUGCAGACGUUUAGUUACGCGUGGAUCGGGCAUCGGAAGGGUUUGAACUGGAUCUGCUGGCAAUCUAAACAUGGACGAGAAGACUGAUAAAGAGAAUCCCGUGGACACCGCUCUCAUCGAAUCCUUGACGGUGCGAAAAGGUCACGUCCGUCAUCACAGGCUAUCCUGGUACUAUGCUCCCUCCUUCCUGCUCCUCUGGCUGGCGCUCUUCUACGCCAUCGUGUUCCCGCUAUACUACCGUCUUCCGGAUAGGGUGACCUUAUCCGAGAAAUCGCUCCAUCCCGGGGAAUUUGUGGCGGAACAGGCACAGAAAUACCUCCACACCUACGAUCGCAUUGGACCCAAAGUAACUGGCAGUUAUGCGAAUGAAGUGACCACCGUUGAGUUUCUCGUUAAUGAAACGGAAAAGAUUCGCGCCGAAAUGCGCAGUGAUCUCUACGAAUUCGAGAUAGACGUCCAGUCGCCAACGGGUGGAUACGUCUUUAACGAUAUGGUGAACAUGUACCAGGGAAUUCACAACGUUAUCGUCAAACUGAGUUCAAAGAGUUCCGCGAGUGAGUCAUACCUGCUGCUCAACAGCCAUUUCGACUCGAAGCCAGGAAGUCCAGGUUCCGGUGAUGAUGGCACUAUGGUGGUGGUCAUGCUGGAGGUCCUGCGCCAAAUGUCCAUCUCGGCGACCCCAUUCGAACAUCCCAUUGUCUUUUUGUUCAACGGAGCCGAGGAGAAUCCCCUUCAGGGUUCCCAUGGUUUCAUUACGCAACACAAAUGGGCAGCCAACUGCAAGGCCUUUAUCAAUCUUGAAGUGGGCGGAAGCGGAGGACGUGACUUAUUGUUCCAGAGUGGUCCCAAUAAUCCUUGGCUCAUGAAGUAUUAUAGGCAGCACGCAAAGCACCCGUUCGCGACCACAAUGGCCGAGGAGAUCUUUCAGAGUGGAAUUUUACCCUCUGACUCAGACUUUCGAAUUUUCCGGGACUUUGGGUAUAUACCCGGCCUUGACAUUGCCCAGGUGGAGAACGGAUAUGUGUACCACACAGCUUUUGACACAUAUGAAGCGGUUCCUGGCCGAUCCAUUCAGAACUCGGGAAACAAUGUCCUUGCGUUGGUGCGUGCAUACAGCAAUGCCAGUGAAUUAAAUGGAACUGAGAGUGACGAUGGCCAUGCUGUUUUCUUUGACUUUCUGGGACUUUUCUUUGUCUACUACACGGAGACCACUGGAAUCGUUAUGAACUGUUUGGUCGGAGUGAUCAGUUUGGUUUUAGUGGGUUGCUCCCUUUGGCGAAUGACCCGCCAGUCGGAGAAGGUUUCCAUUGCACAGAUUUCGAUUUGGUUCCUGAUCAUAUUGGGAUUGCAUGUCGUGGGAUUUCUGCUCUGCAUUUGCCUGCCUUUGCUGAUGGCUGUGAUAUUUGAUGCUGGAAGUCGGUCGCUGACUUACUUCGCUAACAAAUGGCUAAUGUUUGGUCUGUUCGUUUGUCCCGCAGUCAUUGGCCUCGUACUUCCGCUGACUCUUUACUACACCCUGAAGCCAAAUGACAAACUGAGCCACCCUUACCUCCUCCAGUUGAGUUUGCAUGCCCACUUGGUUGUCCAGGCUUUGCUGGCUUUGAUCUUAACAGCCAUGGGUCUGCGAUCUCAGUACCUGUGCCUAAUUUCGAUGAUCUUCUAUGGAGGUGCCCUUCUGAUUAACUUAGCGAGCACGCUCCACGAUCGUGGCUAUUUUUGGGCUUUGAUUGUGCUGUGUCUGCAGGUGCUGCCGUUUUCCUACUUCUGCUACUUGUUCUACAUGUUCCUCGUGAUAUUCAUUCCUGUUCUGGGAAGGAAUGGUGCAAACUCGAACCCUGAUCUCAUCGUCGCCUUGCUGUGUGGUGUUUGCGUCUUCUUUGCUCUUGGUUAUGCGGCACAACUCAUCAACAUGUUGCGCUGGCCAAAACUGAUUCUUUUGGGACUGGGAGUAGUCACCUUCAUCUUCUGCAUGAUCGCUGUUUCGGGAGUGGGUUUCCCCUAUCGUGCCAAGACAAAUGUGAUGCGAGCCAACUGUUUGCACACUCGACGAAUCAUCUACGAGUUCGACGGCUCCGUGAGUCGCGACGAUUCGGGUUACUACUUCGACUAUCAGGACAGGAGAUCCUUUGACCCUCUGCAGGAUUCUGAACUCGACUUGACUGGAUUGGAGCCCGUUGCGAACUAUUGCGACGACUAUGUGAUGUGCGGCGUUCCCUGCUUCUACUACAGUUGGUGCAAGUGGCGUUUCUGGGAUGGAUGGCUGCCCCGCAAGACGGCGGUGAACAUGCCCGGGGAACUUACGCUUGAGUUUCUGGGCAAAACGGUUUUGGAGUCGGGCACAGUUGCUCGAUUCGAGUUCGAGUUGUCUGGACCGCCGCACAUGAAUGUGUUUGUUCAGCCUGUUGGAACGGCAAAGGUCGAAGACUGGUCGUUUGUGAGGAAAAUGCUUGACGAACCGGAAGAGUUCCAGCCCCCCUACCAGAUAUUCUUCUCCUACGGCACAGACAGUACCCCCUUGAAGUUCUCCAUCGAUAUGGAGAAGUCGGAUGGCAGGUUCGAUGAACCCACUCUCGAACUCGCAGCUGUGGGUCACUGGGUCAGCUAUGACUAUGAACGGGACUCGGAGGCCAAGGAAUUUGUGGCCGCCUUUCCCAACUACGUUCAUGUCAUGGAAUGGCCUUCUAUAUUUAAGCGAUAUGUUUUUUAGGUAUUUAUACACGUAGGGCAUUGUUAAAUAAUUUGCAUCCAAUUACCUGUGUAACAGGUUCCAUACCAUUAUAAUUAUAAAACCUAGGAAUUCUUAUAAUAAAAUUUAACAACGAUAAAAGGGGUUCGUUGGUGGCAAAAUAA